UUGUGGUAGUGAUUCUUACACUGAAACAAGACCCCUAGAUCAUUCCUUCAAUCAAAGGUCAAAAGAAUUCCUUUUCCUAGGGUGAUGAUAGAAGUUUGUUACGUGUGGAAUUGCGAUGCGGUUUUGGCUGACUUCAUUUGUCCGAAACCUCUAUAAGUGCGUGAGGCAUAAUGGAGUUUGGAUACUCUUCUUAUCUAUAUUCUUCCUGGCAGCUUUUGCAACUUUCGGGACUACUAUUGUUCAACAGCACAGCUAUUAUCGCAGACCAAUCGGAGGUAUUCUGCCGGAAAUAUUCCCAGAUGAAGAGGUGAUACAAUUCCGGUUCUACUCUUACGACACGGAAUAUAGAUAUCCCCCUGUCAAGGUGGAUAUUCGUGAAAAAAUUAGAAGUGAACGCAUUGACUUGCCAGUUGUAAAUAAACAUCCCUUUAAAUUCAUUCUCAACCCUGAUCAUAUAUGUAAAGACACCAAGCAAAACAAUCUUGUAAUCAUUGUGAAAUCCGCUGUGGGCCAUUUUGCUUUAAGAAAGGUCCUACGAAACACAUGGAUCCCAAAGGCAAAGGCAAAUAACCUACCUGUUGUUUUUGCCCUUGGAUAUAAUAAAGAUUUACAGCCAUUGGUUUUAGAAGAAAAUUCUCAACAUAACGACAUCGUGCAGGAAGAUUUCAUAGACGAUUACCUUAAUAAUACAUAUAAAACAAUCAUGGCCUUUAACUGGGUUGUCCAACAUUGCAGCCAUUUCAAGUAUGUCUAUUUUGAUGACGAUGACAUGUUUUUACAUAUAGACAACUUGCUGAAAUACGCCAAAAUCCUUGAAUUGGAAAAUCCAAAGUUUUUUUCGGGAUGUUUAUCGGAUCGGGGGAAACCUGUUCGAGAUCCAGACUCUAAAUGGUACAUAUCGUGGGAGGCGUACCCAUUUGACUACUGGCCGCCUUACGUAGGGGGCAGCUCAAUGAUAGCUCACAUGGAGAUCAUUCAAGACAUGCAGAAAAUUUUCCCCUAUAUACGUUCUUUAAGUUUUGAUGACGUUUAUUUGGGCAUUGUUUUAAACAAACUCGCAAUAUCACCCCAUAAUAAUACUCAUUUUGACAAUACUUAUUUAAGGAACUUUGAAAAACUACCUGAAUUGAUUGCCAAUCAUGGCUUCGAUGAUCCAGUUUUAUACAUGAAGACGUUUCAAAUGAUUUUUCCGGAUGAAAACCAAAAUAUGCCAUAAUAACUAAAGUUUAGGUAACUCUUGAUAUACGAAAAUGAAUCUACUUUGCUAAUAUGCACUUUAUGUGAAAUUAUCUUUCAGAGUUGCAUUUACUACAUUGUAAUUAUAAAAUAUUCCGUGACAUAAAAGAUGAUAAGGCAGUUAGUACGGGGAUCGACGUUCCACAGUGUCAGCCAUUUUGAAGUGAAGAAAACAUUACUGACGUUCACGAAACAAAUUUCUUUUGGGAAUAUUGGAGACAAAUUCUCAAAAAAUUUUCAUAAUCCAUUUCUGAAGUAAUUAUUCUUCCCUGUUGAUGAAAGACAUCAUAAAUCCACAAGAUAAGGACUGUUUCGGAACGGAGAGGGAGCAGUAAUGAACGGUGAUGGAUCCAGGGAAAAUCGAUCCACAUGACCUGAACAUUACAAGAAGUGUAACAUUUCAAGUGUUCAUAAUUAUUUUAAUAAUUUCUGGUCAUCAACAUAAGAUACCGAAGUGUUUCGUUGAUGCCAACUACUGUGCAUAAUAAUUUGCCAUAAUAGACCUGUAUAUCUAUAACAUUAGUACUGAAGUUUUCAGAAAUCCGCGAUGGUUCAAUCCUUUGAUCCACUUGACCUGGGUUUUUGAAAAUGGAAGUUUGAAUGUUAUAACACAGACACUUAACUUCUUAUUUCUUCCUUAGUCGAAUAUUGCCCUCUAUACCUGAUUUAUUAGGUUGGGGCUAAGGUAAAAAUAUGAUGUCAAAUGUUUAUGUUAUAUCUAUACACAGUGAGAUUCUUAAAAUUGUUUUGCAUACAUUGUGUUCUUUGAUUUGUACGGAGAUUUUAGGAAGAGACUUCCGAAACUAUGCAAUUCAUUAGACGUCUCAUUUUACGACAUUCCGUCCGCACUUCUACGUCAUAAUUUUUUUAAAUAUUUAUUUGUUGCAUUAUUUCAUGUGUGAUAUUUUGUAUGUCCUGUCAAGAUCUGUAACCUUCUGUUAAAGUAAAACUUGUAAUGAUACAGAUUGAGUGGCUUAAACGUGUAUUACCUGUGUCUAAAUCCAUACAAUGUUUUUUUUAUUUUUAUGCAUGUUAAGUUAAAACUUUGAAAACAGUUGUCAACGUACCAUGUGUUAAUUCUCGGACAUAUCAAAUGUAGAACAGUAAUUAUUUUCAUUAAUUUUGCUUUUA